AUGUUCAGCCGGGGUUGCGGGGUAAGCGCAAUGAGGCACCGCGACCUCGGCCCAGAGCAGGAGAAGGGACAGGGGGAUUUUGUCACACGAAGAGACCCCGAGCAUAGCCCGUUCCAUCGCGCGCUGAGUGAAUCUGAGUCUAUUUUAAGAGACAGAAGUAAGGGACCACGUCUUAGUUCGUACGCGUUCAUACGUAAGCCGGGGUUGUGGGUUAAGCGCAAUGAGUCACCGCGGCCUCGGCCCAGAGCAGGAGAAGAAACGGGGGGCCGAAGAUUUGGGGGCGAGGAGCAUUGCCGCGGCGCGCUUGUCCUUGCGCCGCUGCUGCCGCCGUUGCCGCUGCUCUUUCUUGCGGCGCUUCCUCGCCUCCUUAGCGACCCUCCUCGCUUCCCCGGCCACCUGCCACUCGCCAUCGGCACACAACUCCGAUGGGGUGGGCGGCGCUCUGGUUGGAGCUCUAGCGGAGCUCUGCACCCCUGCGCCUGCGACUCAUCGGCGCCGAAGCUGAAGUUGGAGCUUGCGCUGUCAGAGCCGCAGGUCGGCCAACGAGCAGACGGAUUAGCUGAUGGUAAGCAAUCAGCGCCGCCCAUGGACACCCGCAACAACAGAGGAGAUACGAAUUUCAAAGUCGAGGGCUAUCCCGUCUUCGUCUGGUUCCACGGCGGCGAUUUCGUGCGAGGCAGCCCUAACAGUGUGAACCCCUUCCAAUUGGUCCUAAAACAAAGGGUAAUUUUCGUAUCAGUGGCCUACCGGCUGAACAUCUUCGGAUUCUUCUCAACCCUCGACAACGAAGCUUCGGGCAACUUCGGCCUGCAUGACCAAGUAGCCUCUUUACAUUGGGUGAAGAACAACAUCGAAAGUUUUGGAGGUGACCCUGAGAACGUCUGCAUCAUUGGUCAUGAUGCUGGAGCAGUCAGUGUUACCCUUCAUUUAAUAUCGUCAUAUUCAGCAGGACUCUUCCACAAAGCUAUAGCAAUGAGUGGAAAUGCUUUAUCACCAGAAUCAGUAAACAUAGCAAGAAAAGAAAUAGUCACAGUUGAUAAGGUUGCUGUUGCAUUUAGUUGCUUUAGAAAACCAACUUACCAAUUACUGGAUUGUCUUAGAAGAGUUCCAGAUAAAGCACUUUUAGAUAUCGCUGGACCAGUAGCCGAAUGGAAGCCUAUUGUGGAUGGAGGUUUCAGUAACAUAACCAGUCCAUUUUUGCCAGAACUACCGUCAAAACUGUUUAAAGAUGAAAUUUUCUCCCCAGUCCCUCUAUUAGCAGGUUACACUAAUAUGGAAGAUGGCCUUUUACUAGAAAAAGAUGAAAGUGGAGACUCAGGUAUAAGUCAAAGGGAAUUUGAUUCGAUGAGAGAAGAAAUUAUACUUGCUGAUAUCACGGUAGAUAACAGUUCAUGUUUUACAAAUCAACAUCACAUACAGGACGCUGUAGCAUUUUUCUAUAAACCAAUACCUCAUACAACAAAUGAAACUGUAUUGAGAAAACUUUUUGUUGAUUUUUACACUGACAAAACUCAUGGAGCUACUACUUAUCAGUUAGCGAGACACAUCUGCCCACACGCUCCAGUCUAUCUUUACAGAUUUGACCUAAAGCCCUUUUCUGAUAUUGCAAACGAAGGUCUUCCAGAAUGGAUUGGUGUUCCUCACAAUUUCGACCUUAUUUACACCUUUGGGAUGCCCUACUUGGCCUUACCAGAAGACCUUAGCAAAUGGGACUAUAGAGAUAAAAGCAUUUCAGAAAUUAUAAUGAGAAUGUGGUCCAAUUUCGCUUGGUAUUCAAAUCCUACGAAUUCUGGAGUAAUUAUAGAUUGGCAAACUUACGAGUUGGAGAGGCCUGGAUACUUGAUUAUUGACAGAGCCAAUUUCACGAUGAGCACUCCAGCUACAAUCAAUUACAAAGCUUUUGAAUUUUGGACGGAUUUUUAUCCGAAAGUUGUAGAAAUCGGGACGAAGUGUUGUAAAGAAAUCACAGAUGAUUCUGGCACGAUAUCAAUAUUCUCGUCGAAAAUCAAUCGACAUGACGACCAGAUGUCAAAAAUAGAUAAAUACUUGGAGGAAUGCAAAAAAGAAAACAAUGAAGAUUACAUAUAUACACAAAGUGAUACUUCAUCGGUAGAGGCUGAAGAAGGAAACGCGAUUAAAAUAGUACAUUGCUUCUUUAAGAAAUUUGGUAUAAUAAGUCGUGAUGGAAAACUGAAUGCAGAUGCAGCAAGAUCUUUUUUGACUCUUACUGGAGUCGCAGAAGAUGAAGUUAACAAACUAAUCGAAAAAUGUAGCGUCAAUGUUGACGGAUUUGAUGUGAUCAAAUGUUUCAUAGAUAACGUUAAAAAUUGA